AUGGUAGCUCUAUCCAAUAUCGGCAUCGGAGCUAUGUGUGCGUUCGUUGGAGUUAUGUGUGGUGGCAUAUUUUUUCUUAUGAAGAUGCUUGCUUCUUGGGACCAGUUGCUUGGCAAUGCCGAAGAAAGCAAUGACAAAGAAGAAAAACUGCAGCGACGGUUCAUAACGAAACUGAUACGAAUCCCAGCAAAAAGUAUUGGCGCAGUUCUUGGCAGAGGUGGAGCGAACGUGCGUCGCGUUGAAUUUGAAACCAAGACAUUCAUCCGAAUUGUUUAUUCUGACAAGAAUAUUGACGCGCGCAGGAAAGCCAGUUCCCAUGAUCAAAUCGGAAAUAACGUGGGAGAAGACUGGUUCGCCAACGAGAGAACAAGUCGCCGACCAGAUGAUGAAGGCACAUUUGUAGAAAUUCGAGGCGAAAAUAAGGAGCAGAUACGGCUGGCCUGUCUGGCUGUGCGAGGACUUGUGGCCGACUCGCUCAUGCCACAGAUCACAAAACAUUUGUGUGCUGAACCGCAUGUCGUUGGUUCCAUCAUUGGAAAAGACGGGACUAACCUCAGACGAUUACAACGUAAUUUCAAAGUUAACGUUGAGAUCGAUAAUAAUACUGGCAAUUCUCUUCGAAAGAUAUCCAUUACGGGGACGGAAGAGGCUGUGUCUCAGGCAGAGGCACGCAUCAUGCAGUUGAUGAGUCGUGGACGUCAAAAUAGCUUGAACGCAGCGAACGUCGACGAACUUCCUUUUGAAGAGUGGAUGUCGGAGGUUGCCUUGCUAAAGACGCAGUGUGAAGAAGGUGAGGACGAGGUGUGGUGCUGA